AUGGACAAUGAUUCCACUCGUCUUGUGACAGUGUUAAGCACAAUUUUCAAAAUGAAAGAUCUUGGAGCAGUAAAUAACAUACUAGGUAUCAACAUUAAGCGAGACAGCGAAACUGGCAGCAUAAAAUUAAGUCAACCUAGAUACAUCGCAGACUUGUGCAUAAAGCUCGAUAUGGAAAAUUCAAAUGCAGUCGACACGCUAUUAAAAACUGGUUCAAAACUAACGAAAAAUAUGUCCCCAGAAGAAGUGGAAGAGAUGAAAAAUAAGCCAUACAGAUCUCUCAUUGGGGCAUUGGUCUAUCUGUCAAACACAACAAAACUAGACAUUGUCAUUGCGGAAUUACUUACAACCAGUGCGGGAAACCCUUAUUGGCUUACUCUGAUGCUGAUUGAGCUGGUGACCUAUGAACGGAAAUCAACUUCUGGAUAUAUUAUGACGUUAGCAAGCGGACCAAUAAGCUGGCAAAUGCGUAAACAAAAAUCAGUGGCACUUUCGACAAUGGAAACAGAAUAUAUGGCCCUUUCAGAUGAAGCUAAAGAAGUUAUUUAUCUGAGAAAAUUAAUGGUAACAGUCUGA